AUGUCUGAGUCUCCUGCUCACUCUUACUCCAAGUUUGAUACGAAGGAACAUAUCCGAUGUAAGAAGACUUCGGUGGGAUCAAGUUUACAACUGCGGCAUAAAGCGACCAUAACCAGUUUUCCAUUUGACCCUCCGUUUGGGUUUCAGUUAACAAAUCCAUCUUCGGAGAACAAAGUUGAGGAUAAGGAAGAAGCUGAGCCGAUUUCUCCUUCUUCAGUGUAUGCAGAUCAAAGUUUUUCAAGUACAUCCAACGUUUGUGAGAGCGUACAUGAAAACCAGCACUGGCACCAACACCAGAACCAGCUUCAGCCUCAGUGCUUCAGCCCGACGACAUCGGCUGACAGCAGUGACCACAAUAUACAUGAAUACUCAUUCUACACAAAUGAAGUAUCUAACCUAAAAUUUCAGGUAAUCGAAUUGGAAUACAUUAACGCAAGCUUGGAGAACAAAGUCCGCAAAUAUCGAGACGAAAUCCGACUCUUCAAACAAGACAUAAAAGGGUAUAAACUCGAUGGAAGACAAUUAGCAGAGCUCCUCAUGGAGAAAGAGGACGAAAUUGAGACUCUGCAUAAGAAAAUCACACAGCUUCUUAACCAGGAUUGUUUGCCCUCCCCGCCGCGUUCGACACCGAGCUCGACACCGAGCUCGAUGAAUGGUGGCAGUUAUAACCGAUAUGGACAUAUAACCGAUGUAUCGAUAAAACAAUAUGACUUUGUACGUAAUGAGAGCGGCCGGAAUCAUGGUCAUGUGGCAGAGCAGAUUGGUCAUGCUGAGACGGAUAAUAAGCCCCAGUGGUGGAUGUAA